AGGAACGUCUCAGGGAGCGCAAGCGCAUGACGAUUUUCGGUUGUCAUACCAAAGCCCUCAAAGCCCAUUAGGGCAACUGUCUUUAUAUUCUUCAGUCAACGACCAAACCAAGCCCUAACCUCCAAAUGCGCAAUAAUCGCAAAGAGAUGUUUUCCUUCAACCCACCCAAGCCGCCACCGACUCCCGAAGGAGAUAAGAGAGUAUUUAUGAAUGAUCCUGACAUGGAUAAAAUAGCCGUUCAUUUGGUCGGCACUCAACAACGUUUCAGAGAGAAUAUCAUUAUACCUAGAGUGAUGGGUCCCGUCAGGAUAAAAACGAACGACGAGAAACUCAUGGAGUCUGUCAUGGAGAGCUGCAUCUUCAAAAGCUUCAUGAGUUGCGUUAUGGGCUACGGUCUUGGUGCAGCUAUCGGUCUAUUUUCUUCAAGUGUAAAUCCAAACGUUGCUAGCGUAGAAAAACAGCAAACAGCACGUGAAAUAUUCAAAGAAAUGAAGAUGACGACACUUGGAUAUGCCAAAAACUUUGCUGUUGUAGGAUGUGUAUUCUCAGCCGUUGAAUGUACCAUAGAAACAUACAGGGGAAAGUCUGACUGGCGAAACGGCACUUAUGCUGGUGGUGUGACAGGUGGACUUAUCGGUCUUAGAGCUGGACUGAAAGCGGGUCUUGUUGGUGCUGCGGGUUUUGCAGCAUUUUCGACAGCGAUAGAUUACUAUAUGCAUAAAUCUUGAAUUUUUUAGACAACAUUAAAAUAUUUAUUGUAUAAUACUUGUUAACUGUAAAUAAUAUGCAAGAAUAGUGUAAUAAAAGCUGAAUAAGUAAUUUUUAUGUCAAUAAUAUAUAUUUUUUUCAAAUUAAAAUAUAGAGAAGAUCAAAAUUUUACACAGGAUAAGACUUAAUUAUUAGAUUAAAAUCACUUGGCUUGACGAAGGAGUUGUAAAUAUCUGUUAAUCUAUAAUAAAAUAGUUCAUAUACAUUUUUCUUGCAUUAAAAUUUCUUACACACUUACGGUAUCUACCUACUUAAAGAUUUUCAAAAUAGUUGACAAUUCCUUGAUCAAACUUCACUUUCUCAAUGCCAAUAAAAAUGAUAUUAGGGUAAUAUGCCUCCUAAUAAAGGUGAGGAAUAAUAAAAGGCUUUCACUUAGAAAAUACAAUUGUAUAAAGCCGAAAAAUUCCACUUAAAUACAGAUGAAAAAAGUAUUAUAUGUAGAUCAGUACAGAGUAAAUGCAUUGUCACAACGAACAAUUAAACCUAUUUUAUUUAUAGAAAAUAUAUACUCUUCUCUCAUAUUCGAAAUUCGCCAUUACCUAAUACGAUUCUAAUUGCUUGUUAACAUUCAGGAAUUUGCAAUACCUAAAACUGGCAGUAUAUUUAAUCAUAACUUUGAUAUGAGGAAAUUUUGUACGAAUUAUGAGAUUUUUUUAACUUCAUAUCGCACAUACAAUAUGGAACGUAUUUCAACAUAGAAAACAUAAAUAUCGCGCGGAUAUGUGAUAUUGUUAUUAACAUUGCAAGCAAAAACUAAUGGGUAUCUUUAUACCUUUAGUAUAAGAAAUUCACUAAUCUUCUUGUCAGGAAUGGCUCGAUAUUGUCAUAUUUAUUCUACCUCAAAAAGUUUUUUUUGAAAUUAAUUUUCACUAAAUAAUUAUGUAAAAGUGCGGGUUGUGCAGAACAAGUUGGCUAAAAUGAUACACAUUUCGUUUAAAAAAAAAAUACUGCAAGGCACUCUUCAUAUUUCUCUUUACAAUGCACACAGAUAUGUAAGUAACAAAUGUUUUUGUGUCUUGGUUAUUUUGUUUUUUUGGUUUAGCUUCUAUCACUCAAUAUGCACGUCCCACAGCACAUAAACA